AUGGAAAUCAUCGACCGUGUACCUUUUGACCUUGUCCCUGCAUACCAUGAGCGCGAAGCUGCACGUGGUCGCUUGGUUGGUGCUGCAAAAGGCCCAAUCGGGAAGAUUUUGCGGCGGCAUAGAACAGACUCUUCCACCACUUUGAUCCACACGAUGUUGAAGGCCUGUGUGGAAAAGCGCUGGGAUGCCAUGCUUUGGGACACCUUUGCGGGUACUGUUCGACAUGAGCUGUCCUACAUGGGUCCAGCUGACAUCGGCUUGGUUCUCUUGUGCUGUAUCAAGGCAGAUUUUGGACGCAAUUCGACUCUGGUCCCAGACCUGCUGAAGCGGCUUGCAACGUUGGUCAUGGCAGGGGGCAAGUCUAUACUGCCUUCUGGUGUUGGACAUGCUUCUGGAACACUGGCUACAGCAGCUGCUGCUGCCGCCGCUGUGCCGCAGGCCAGCCGUGCUCAUUCUGGAAGAAGACACAGGUCGAGACGUACUCGUCACGCUGGGUCCGAGAUCCGAGUGGCAAAGGCAACAUUUCCAGAGCAUGCUUUGCUGGCUGGCAUGGCAGCUGCGAAUCACUUUGGACUCAGAGAGAAAUGCGGGGAUGAUCUUGCAAGAGUAGCUGCACGAGCCAGUCAAGGUUGUGGCGACAUAUCCAGCAACGUCUUGUGCCGCAUGGUGCACCAUGCAGGUAGUCUCGUCAGCAAAUCACAUGGUGCCAGUGGUUUGUCAAAAUUCCUGCAACGAGCUCUGCCAGAGUUGCAAAUGCGAUUGAAUGCUGGCAUUGCAGGCCAAGCUGUAUCGCCUGGCGACAUUUGUUUGAUCGCUCAUGCCUACGCUCAUGCAAAGAGGCCAGAUACCAACCUAUUCAAGGACCUGAGACAACAUUUGCUGAAAGAAGAUGGUGUUGCACUGCUGAAGUUGAGUGUCGGAGAGCUCACGAACCUGUUGAAUGCUUUUGCCAAGUCAUCUGACGCAGCUAAGAAUGGCAAUCUUGAGCUUUUCGACAGGCUCGGACGACAAUUGCUUCAGGCAUUCCCUCAGAAAGGGUCGUACGAGUCGUACGUGGAAGACUUCCAGGAUAUGCUGGACCUCCGGAAUGCGAGUGUUUCUUUGAACGCCUUCGCGCAAGCAUCUCUUCGACACGAACCCUUUUUCCUAGCAUGUGACAAUCACCUCCCAGCCUUUUUAAAUUCCAGUCAGUGCGAUCUUCGUCAGCUUGCAAUGAUUGCCCAUGCCUACGUGCGAGUGGGGCUUUCGCAGAGCUGCCUUCUCCCACUGGUUUGGGAUUUUGCGACGCGCUUGGCGCCACACUCUGAUGCGCAGGGCGUCGCUUUGAUGAUUUUUGCCGUAACUAAGGCAGCCGUCAAUGAAGCAUCAGGCUUCAGGUUGCUGCAAGCUCUGAGCUCACGUCUGUUGGAGCUGCUCCAAGGCCCGGAAUCCUUAUAUAAGGUGCCACAGCAAACAAUCGCUGUGAGCGCGUACGCACUGGCAAAAAGUGGGUACAAGGACUGUGUUGAAGAAGCUGUUUGGAGCGUCCUAGCACAACAUGGGCGGUGCCACCUACGACGGUUUUCCAUGACAGAGGCCGCAAACUUAGCAUCUGCAUUCGCAGAAGUCUUGGGCAACAAGGCGGCUCAGAAUCCAGCAACGACUUUAGAACUUCACACAUUUUUUGACGAAUUGUUAGGUGAAGUGACAAGGUGGAUUUCGAGUGAAGACUCGAAGAGGCCUUUGCCUCCUGCAGCUGCUGCAAAGAUGAUCGUGGCUUUUGGAGACACAAAGUGCUAUGAGGCAGCUGGAGCCGUGCAAGAACUUGCCAGGCGAUUCCUCCUUCCUUCGCCGCAAGUUCCGGUGCGCUCGGUCAUUCAAGCACUUUCUAAGCUGCACGUUUUCGACGAAGAUUUGGUGCAGGCUCUUACAAUGGCCCAAAAAGCAAGCGUGCGACGACGCCAUCCAUGA